AUGAACGGCUUCCAUCCAGACGAAUUCGAGCACCCUCAGCUGGGCCGACUGGUCGGCAUAAGGCGAAACGAGCAUGUCGUACAGUUCCGAAGUAUCCCAUUUGCGCGGGCUCCUGCACGGUUUCGCCAGGCUAGAUUGAUAGACGAGUUGUCGCCAAAGCAAAAGUCAUGCACCGAAUACACCUACGCCUGCCCUCAGGAGGAACAGUCCAUGGAGGUCUUUGGUGGACCGCUCCCAGGGGAGGACCAGCGCCGCUACGACGAGUUCUCGUGCCUCAACCUCACCAUCACAGCACCCGCGGAGCUUCUGGAGCCUGGGUGUACCAAGAAGGUGCCCGUGAUGGUUUAUGUCCAUGGGGGAGGCUUUGUGGCUGGGGCCCAUUAUGGCGGCCCUCAUGAUAUGACACCAAUGGCUACCCUAGCCUGCCAGGACUCUAAACCGGUGAUCAUCGACCUCAUUGACGAAGCAGCAAAAUACAAUGAAGACCCUUGCAACUUUGCGCUUUAUGAUCAGCGACUGGCCUUCCUUUGGACCCGAAAGUACAUCUCCGGCUUCGGCGGAGACGUUAACCAAGUGACUGCCUUCGGAGAAAGCGCUGGUAGUGCUUCGCUGUGUUUUCACUUGAGCUCAGACGUCCCGCUCUUCAACAGAGUGGUCCUCCAAUCUGGCACCGCGUCCACCAUCAGUCCCACUCCAUGCGCGAAGAAGGAGGAAGAAUACCUGGCGCUCCUUGCGUUCUGUGGCAUCAACAAGGACGAUCCGCAACGUCUUGAGAAGUUGAGGGAGGUGCCAGCUACAAAGAUUGUCGAGGCGACCACAGUACUCAUGAAGGGUGCCUUUUCGCCACUGGCCCACGAGAGUUUCUUUCCAAUCGCGCCGAACUAUCUUAACUACGAUCGGAUUGUAGCGGAUUGCCCAUGGGUAGAAGCUGUCAUGGCCGGCGACGCCAUCUAUGAGGGCUACCUCUUCGCAUACAAUCUCAAAACAGUGCACAUCGAGGACUUUUGCAAACAUGUGGAAAGCAUAUUGGGAGCGGAGAAGGCCCAGAAAGUAUUGCAAUUGUAUGAUAUAUCUGCAGGCAUGGACCCCAACUUGUUCUGGACGCAGCUGUGCACCUUCUGUGGCGAUGUCAUGUUCUCCCUGCCCUGCCACAAGCUGUUACAAACAGCGACACGAAGCCGCAAGCAGGUAUACCGCUACACUCUUUCGCUGCGCAACCCUUUCCCCGGCUCCUUCUUCUCCGGCGUUUUGGGCCACCAUUUCAUUGAGCUUGCGUACCAGUUCAUGACGUUGAUGGAUCGUUUCCCGCUCCAGAAGCAGCGCGACAUCAGCAUCGGCUUCGCGCGGAAGUGGACGGCAUUCGCCUACGGAGAGGAGCCGUGGGCGCCGUACAUGUUGGCCGAUGAGACGAUAGCGGUGGCCGACUCGCGGGAGGGCUGGGUGGUGCGGACGCGGGCGGAGGAUAUGGAGAGUUCUGCGGACGAUGAGGGCGGGCAGCGGCGCUACGCCAAGUGGGAGGCUUUGGACGCGGUGUUUUGCGAGUUGGGAGACGGGGCGGUGGCAGCGGUCACGGCCUUGAGUUUCCCGACGUUGGUGACGCUUGCUAAGAGCUGA